GCCACGCCCCCUAGCCUCGCCUCCCUCAGCGUCGCUCACUUCCGGGCUCCUUCCCCCUCAGUGUAGAAGGCGAAUGAGGCGGCAGUAAGCGAAAGGGAAGAGCCGAGCCCUCGCCGCCUCCCUCCCUUCGGGCGGGCUUUCCCCGGCAGGGCGGAUGGAACGCCGCGCUGGGCGCUGGAAGGUCGACCCUGGAAGGGAAGCGCGGGCCCCUGGCGGAGCGGAGGCGGCCUCCUCGGCGGCAGAGCGCAUGUUGCUUCCUCCUCGGCAGACUGGAAAAGAAGCUAAAGACUUGGCAUGGGAAAUGGUUACUCAAAAGAUCACCAACAAACAUUGCAGUGAUCUUCCAUAUUCUUCCCUUUGUUACAAUUCCCUCCAUGAGCUACAUGUCAUCACAGAAAGUCCUCAAUUAAGUUUGUAAAGUGGAAUACUAUUGAGAGGAGAAAAAACCCCAACAACACCUAUUUUUCAGAUCCAAGAAUGGACAUUAUAGUCUAUGAUGAUUACUCCAGUCCACCGCUUCAGAGACAUUGAAAGGAAACCGGAAUAUCUCCAGCCGGACAAGUGUGUCCCACCUCCCAACAACGGUUCUUCGGGAACCAUGUGGUUUAUCCGAGAUGGCUGUGGUAUUGCCUGUGGAGUCAUCACCUGGUUUUUGGUCUUCUAUGCUGAUUUUGUAGUCAUCCUUGUUAUGCUGCUUCCAUCAAGAGACUAUAUCUACAGUGCGAUCAACGGAAUAGUUUUCAACACUUUGGCAUUCCUGGCUCUGGCUUCACAUAUGCGAGCAAUGGUAACAGAUCCGGGUGCUGUGCCCAAAGGUAAUGCCACAAAGGAAUUCAUCGAAAGUUUACAGUUGAAGCCAGGACAGGUGGUUUACAAGUGUCCAAAAUGCUGUAGUAUCAAACCAGACAGAGCACACCACUGCAGUGUUUGUAAGAGAUGUAUACGAAAAAUGGAUCACCACUGUCCAUGGGUUAACAACUGUGUAGGAGAGAACAACCAAAAGUACUUUGUACUGUUUACAAUGUAUAUAGCACUGAUUUCUCUGCAUGCCCUGAUAAUGGUUGGAUUUCACUUCUUGCAUUGUUUUGAAGAAGACUGGACAAAGUGCAGUUCUUUCUCUCCACCGACUACUGUGAUCCUACUUAUUCUCCUGUGUUUUGAGGCUCUCCUCUUUCUCAUCUUUACAUCUGUUAUGUUUGGAACACAGGUGCACUCCAUCUGCACGGAUGAAACGGGCAUAGAACGGCUAAAAAAACAGGAGCCAACUUGGGAAAAAGUCAGCGGCUGGGAAGGGAUCAAGCUGGCUUUCGGGGGUCAGUUGUCACUGCAGUGGCUCAAUCCUCUUUCAGACCUGAGUUGCAAGAAGUCUCCGCCAGCUGGGACAGCAACCGUUGCUCCGUCUGAGAUGAUGGUCCAGGAAGCUUUUGAGCAGCUUUCUGAUCAAGAUGUGGUUAUAGAAGUGUGCAGUGAAUAACAUAAAGUGCCUGUAGUAUCCUGUUGAAUUGUGUACACUUGAGGCUUAGCUUUAAAGGAUCAUGUUGCAUGAAAGCAUUGAGGUUUUACCAUUUCUCUAGCUGAGGGACUCACUAAAUCAAUGCAAAGCAAGUACAUUCCAAAUGUUUUACUGCUGAUCAUCAUUUAAGCAAAGUUCCAUGAAGUUUAUAUAGAAACAAUGACAAAGUUGAUCAUUCCUUUAAAAAAUGCAAUACAAAAUACUCUUUCAGAAGCAAACUACAAAGCUUAGCUUAACUUUUCAUAGUCCAUUUGACUGUGUAUUAUGUUCUCAAGCAGUACAAAGAGUGGUCAAGUAGAGACUCUUGGAUUGCUUUUUCAAAGAAAAGAGGAAUUAUACACAUCAUGUCAUUAUGAAUGUUUAUGUGUUUUUACCAAACAGUAAAACCAUAGAAUACAGUGAAUAGUAACCUCACAAGCAGUCAACAAUGGGAUUACCAUGAAGGCAAUGACAAAAUAAUAAUUGAAAUGUUAUAUAAUAGGUUAAGAAAUUCAAACAAAGAACCAACAAAUCUUACAAGUCCAGCUAAGUGACUCUUGGAAACCAACGACGCCUUGUGCUUAUUUCUACUGAGUGCAUUGAAAAAUGGCUUUUUUCUUUUCCUUCCGGUGGCUACUCAGGGGAUAUUAAUGUUCUAUAACUAAUUGUUUUUGUCCCAGACAAUGGUUGUUUUACAACCAAAAGACUUACAAAGAUUAAAUGCUGUCGUCACUUCCUAGCAAAACCAGCACUUAUUAAAAUAUAUUUGUAAAUAAAGGGUAGUUGAAAUAUAUAGUUCAGACAUUGGGAAAUAAAAGCUAUGUUUUGGCUGUUUAUCUAGGAAUUCCUUGGAAUCGGUCAGUAUACCUUUUGCCUAAGAGUGUCCGAUUAAUCUGUUAAUUUUACAAAUAAGUAAAGAUUGUGGAAUAAUCUGUAAUGGCCUGGCUACAGAACAGUGAGAUUGUGAUUAGUGGCCAAUACCUGGAAUGUGCAUGUGCAUUAGGGGUGUGCGAAACGGCAGAAAUCAGUUCUGUUUUUGUUUUGAAUUUCGAGUUUCCCAUCCUCAUCUCCCUGUUCUGUUUUUGGCAAGAUUCUUCCCAAAACGGAAAUGGAACUCCAGAUCCCAAAUUACGAAUCUGAAUCCCCCCCACCCACCCAAAUCUCCUGGAAUCGGAAAACAGAAUGGAUUUCUGCUGUUUUAGACACCCCUAAUGUGCAUGCAUGGCUAUUAGGUAAGACUAGUAUAAUUCAGUUGCUGUGUAUCUUUAAUAAAACUGUCACAAAUGGGGGGAAAACUGACUUUUUCAGGUUCCUGUGAGUGGUCAGUGAGUGAUAGUGUAGUAUUAUUUGGUUAGUAACCAAAGAUUGAUUCAUAGAAUCAUUGAGUUGGGAGAGACCACAAGGGCCAUCCAGUCCACAGUGUGGAAGGGAGACCACCGGGAACCUUAUAUAAAAGCAAGAGUCUGCAUGAAUUAUAUAUAUACAAUAAGGAAAAUAUAUAAAAUGAAGAGUAGCUGAAUGGGUUCUCUGAUUCUUCCUCUUUAAUUCUGGGUGCUUUUUAUAUUUUAUUGAGGGGACACCUUCUUACCUUCUGGUGCUCAUCGGUAGAGAUAGCAUCAGCAAGCGCCUUGAGCACCUCAACUGCCAUUUCUUGUGAAAAUACAGAAAAUAUAGGGGUGGAGGAGUCUCUAUGACGAGCCUUGUAUGGCUAGGAUUAUCAGGAGAUUUUGGGUCGGUGUUGCUUAAAUUUCAAGUCUCGCUUCCUAUGUUGUAUGUCAAAGCACUUCUGAAAUGGGAGGCAUUUUCUUGAUAUUUGUUAUUGAGAAGAUUGAUUGAUUUUUAAAAUCCAUCCAAAGUAAUUCUCUGUAUCUUAAGCUAUUGUUGUCACUUAAAGCUUUACUUACGAAAUUGUAAUAUAUUUACAUAAAAACCUGGAUGCUAGUUUCUGUGUUGCAGAAUGGGAGCUGAAAAUCUUCCAAAUAUCUUUUGCUUUGAAGAGCUAGGAGCAUUUUCACUUUUAUGGUGAUUGGGUGAAUGUUGCUGGUUUGAAGGGAAAUUAGGGGUGUCUCAUAGUCUUAUGGAAAUUCAUAUGUUUUCUCCUAAGCUCCCUGUUUAAAGAAGAGGCCAGGUGAAUGCUUGUGCCCAUUUAUCUCUGCUUUUUGUUUGUUUGUUUUUGAUUAGUAAUGAUCAUAAUUCAUAUUUCUCAUAAACAGUUUUCUUCUGAGUGUGACCAUUGGCUUGUUUAGCUCAGAAUGGUCUAUUGACUAGUAGCAACUUCCUGAAAAUUCAGCGUUUUUCUCAUCACCUGUUGCCUGAUCUUUUAAGAAGUACUAGAGCUAUUAGGCAUUAGAUCUGGUUCUCCUUAACAUGCAAAGUGUGUGCUAGUUUACUUGAGAUGGAGCAUUUCUCCCAACUGUAGAAGGGACCAAUGAGCAAGAAAAAAACAACUUUUUGCUUGUAUCAGAUAGCAGAAAGGUAGAUGUAGGUUCUCCAGUGUGUUACCUGCUAAGCUUAAGUUUAAACACUUGCUUGGGCCUAAAUCGGAAUAUACUUUUACUUUUAGAAAGAAUACUGAAAAAAACUAGGGUAAGGGAGAAAAGGUAAUUCAGUCAAUGGAAAUUAGUAAUUUAAAUCAUCCAAGCACUUGGGUUUGCACAAAAAACAUUGUACCUUAUUCAGAGUGGGAGGCAGUAGGGAGAGCUACAGACAGUAAACAUCCUGGGUCUGGGUCUGUUUGAAAUUGUGUUCAAAGAGGAUUUUAAUGUGAAAAAUGCCAGUUGAAUAGAUGUGACAGAUUCGUUGUAACUAUGUCUUGAAUUGUCUCUGUACACAUAGCAAAACAUCCGACCCUACUUCUGGCUUUAAGUAGAGAUGCUGCCUUUUUAAUAAAGCAAGGCUCUGCUAUUUGUAUUUAAACCACUAUUGAAAAAUGUGUCACAAGAGAUAGAUUCAUUCCUGUGCCUGUUUGAGAGCUAGAGAGUUAAAUGGGUUGGGGAGGGGGGCAUACAGUACAACCUGCAACUAAUGGUGAUUUUUGGCUUGUAUAUGCUGAUUGCCUAAAGGGAAAAAUUUACUCUCAGCUCAAUAAUUAAUUUCAACUUUGAGGUUCCCUAUUGACUUCAGUGGAGCACAUAUUGAUACUGUUGUCUAUCAGGACAUUAAUUUCAUUGGCAUAAUAGCCUUGAGAGAGGGAAUACUGGAAGAACUGCUCAUAAAGCUUCAAAAAUGCUACACAAGAGUAAAUUGCUCUUGUAUUGUUUACUUCUUCAGACAUGAGGGAAAAUGUUCCUUUUUAAAAUUUCAAGCAUUGCUUUUUUAAAUUGAUCUUCAUUUGUAUUGUGUGCUUGCUUGGGAAUACACAUGGUUGUGAUUUUUCUUUCUUUUGGUUAAGUCAGAACAUUCUUUGUACAUUCAAAGGUAUGGUAAGACCCCUAUACCAACAGAGUCUCUUGGAAUUUGCUAGGUCCUUUGGGGGAAGUAUAGCUUAAAGUCACCUGGAGAACCAAGAUUUCCUAAAGCAGUGGUUCCCAACCUUUGGGCCUCCAGGUGUUUUGGAUUUCAGCUCCCACAGUUCCUAACAGCUGAUAAGGUGGCUUGGGUUUCUGGGAGAUGAAGUCUGAAACACCUGGAGACUCAAAGGUUGGGAACCAAUGUCCUAAAGAGACUGCAGAUAUGGCUUCUGCAGUAAUGGGGAUCUUACUGUAUUGCAGAAGUUGUCUAUUACAACGUUUUGAUCCAUUGGCAAAGAGUAAAUUAACCUUGAAAUGGAACGGAAAUGGACUAACAAUUGAGUAGACUUUGGGUAUGGCAUUGUCAAUAGAAGAAAGGAGAAGUUACUUCCACUUCCAAUAUGAAAGGAGGAGCAUCCAAUUUGGGGAAGUUUCUCCUUGCUUCAGUCCUCACAGUUAGAGAAGGGACUGAAAGGUAGAUACUGGAGAAGGUUGUUCUGUGAAAGGAACUUAGCUCAGUUUUCAUAAUGGGAAUUAGCACCAAAUCCACUGUGGACAAUUUCCCUGUGGAUUUCAACCAUAUUGCCCUUUACCAUCUUAUUUUGAUGCCCAGCAAGCCCCGGUGGUGCAGCGGAUUUAACUGCUGAGCUGCUGCAUUUGCUGAGCAAAGGGUCAGUGGUUUGAAUCUGGGGAGCAGAGUGAACUCCCACUGUUAGCCCCAGCUUCUGCCAACCUAGCAGUUUGAAAACAUGAAAAUGUGAGUAGAUCAAUAGGUACCUCUUCAGUGGGAAUGUAACGGUGCUCUGUGCAGUCAUGUCGACUACAUGACCUUAAAGGUGUCUAUGGACAAUGCCAGCUCUUUGGCUUAGAAAUGGAGAUGAGCACCAACUCCCCAGAGUUGGACACGACUAGACUUAAUGUCAGGGGAAAACCUUUUCCUUUACAUUUACCUUUGAUACCCAGCAGGAAAAGGCCUAGGAAUAAAUAUGAAUGUUAAAUUCUUGUGGACUGCUUUUAAAAGGAACAUUCUUGCCUGUGUUAAAUAAAAGUGCCUUAUUCAUUCUCAAAACAUUUCGUAAAGCUUUAUGCAGCAGACUGAGAUUAAAUCAUUUUUUAGUUCAUGAGCUAUGAACCAAAGCAUCUGAACUCUUCCCCAAACAUGUUUUGACAUGGUUGUGCAUCUACCGAAGAGCGUUUUAGGAGUAGAGCCUCAAAAGAUCCUUUAGAUUAAAUAGCUUAUUUAUCCAGAAUCCAGCAUUUAUAUUAUUACAUCUCUUGCUGCCUAUGGGAGUAGCUCCAUGGAAGCCUUCUGCCUUGGACAACUCUAUGUUUAGUAUGUUAACUGUUUGCACUGGCAGGACCUCAGAAGUUGUUUGGGAGAAAGAAAAUAUAUGUGUGCUAUUAAAUUAAUCAUGUGCGACUAAUCACCCCAUGCUUACUGUUUUAGACAAGUGUUAUGUCUUUAAAAACACAGCCAUUAUGUAGGCAGAAAGGUGCCUUAGUUCAAAAACUCCAAUAAAUAAUGAACUGGAACCCAUCCUGUGGGGGAAAUGUUGUGUUUUCAUGUCCAGUAUUGGGCUGUUUGGUCUGUUCUAUGCAAUUAAAGUGUAUGCAUUUACAAACCUUAUGUAUUAUUUUUGCUCUUUGUAUCUCAUUUUUGACUUCCAUUGAAUAAUGGUACUUAUUAAAAAGUACACUAUUUUGAUCUCA